AUGCGACUUUAUCUUUCCUUCAUCGCCAUUGUGACAAGCUGUGUCUCCGCCCACACCAUCUUCCAGAAAGUCUCCGUCAACGGCGUCGAUCAAGGGCAACUCAAGGGUGUGCGGGCUCCAGACUCCGAUUAUCCCAUCACUAGUGUCACGGAUAGUUCCUUUGCUUGUAACAAAGGAAUCUCCCACAAGGACAACAAUGUGAUCUCUGUCCCUGCCGGAGCCAAAGUCGGCGCAUGGUGGGGCCAUGUCAUAGGCGGCGCACAGGGAGCGAAUGAUCCUGAUCAUCCUAUCGCGAAGAGCCAUAAAGGUCCUAUCCAGUAUUAUCUUGCCAAGGUCGACAAUGCGGCCACGGCUAGUACAACUGGGCUUCAGUGGUUCAAAGUCGCUCAAGAUGGCUUGAGCAAUGGCAAAUGGGCAGUCGAUACCAUGAUCUCAAAUGGAGGAUGGCACUACUUCACCAUGCCAACUUGUGUUGCACCAGGUGAAUAUCUGCUUCGCGCUGAGCUUAUCGCUUUACAUGGUGCUCAAAAUCAAGGCGGUGCCCAGUUCUACAUGGAAUGCGCGCAGAUUCGCGUCACAGGCUCCGGAACCAACAAAGGCAGUAAUUUUGUCAGUUUCCCCGGUGCUUACAAGGCGAACGACCCCGGCGUACAAGUCAGCAUUUAUGACAAUGCAGGGCAGCCCUAUAUGGGCGGCAAGAGCUAUUCUAUCCCCGGACCGACACCCAUUACUUGCGCUGCCGGUUCCAUGCGUUAG